GUAUGGGAGCGAAGCGCGGCCCAAUUGUUACAGGCGGCUAUACUACUAGUUCGGUAGUUCCACACGCGUGUUGUACACCUGGUAAGGCUAAGUUCGAGCACGUUCUUGACUUGGUAUAACAUUAUUGCUGCUCAUUGUUUGGAUGACAAAUGAAAUGAGUCGCACACUGGACGAGCUAACCAUCAUUGCCCAAGUGGUGAGCAGGGCAAGGCAAACAAAAGUGAACUCAAGGGAUUUUGAUGAUGCAAAUACCGCUCUCAGUGAGAUUGCACAUCAGUACAAGCUACAAGAAGUGGAGAUUGCCUCCCUGCAAGAGAGACUAGACUCCGUGGCUGAGCAGAAGGAGAAUGGGUUUUUGAGAAUGAGGGCUGACGGGCCAGAAGCUGCAAAGGAUGAGUUGAUUUCAAAACUUCUCGACAGGGUUGAGAGACUUGAAUCACAGAAUCAGAUUUCAAACGAACAACAACCAAGGUCAAUUGUCAGAAAUCUCUCACCCGAUCCUUUUCCACCAAUACUGAUGGAUACCUACAUGCAUGAGCUACGAAGCAGGAAUCUUUCGACAAGGCUGCAGACACAAAGAGGGGCUAGCAUUUGGUGUGAGGAGACUGUGAGUGAUACAUUGCAUACAACACCAACGACUGAGAUGUUGUGGGAUAGUUGUUCUGAAGAAGAUUUUGGUAAGACAGUAAUGGUUGAAACCUGUACCACUGCUGCACUCCAUUGCCAUGCCAGAAGACACUGUGUGAGUGGUAAGUGCCAAACUCACUAUUAUUAUACCUUGAGGCAAUGAUAUCUGCAUUGCGGGAUCACUGUAUAAUUCUAUUCAGAAUCUCAUGAGCUAGUGGUCUGUGCCGGCAGAGUAGCUCGAGAGCGAAGAUAUUCUUCGGCUGCGAGGAGGGGUCGAAGGUGCUUCUCUGAAUCUUCUGCCUCCACUCCAUCCAGUUCUCAGAGAAGCUCACUGAGUAUAAUGUCUUUCACAGGAUUAUCCUCCAGGCUUGGAUGCCGGAUCCUUCGUAUAUUGUUAACAGAGGGAAGACCAUUCGAGGCAGCAACUCUUAAAAAUUUGCUGAAAGACUCUUCCACCUGCAACAGAGCUGAACAAAUAUUGCAUCACACAGUGGGACAACUGGUUGCACAGCUCCAGUCAGCUCACCCUACAAGUCGAGUUCUGAGAAACAUUCGCCCCCUCCUAAUGGAGUCUGGACACUUCCUUAACUUGAUUAACCAGCAGCAUCCAGCGAAGAGGCAAUGCUACUCCUGGCCAAUCCUUUAACACUCUAUAGUUUAACACUAAUAGUUCAUAACAUUAUUUCAAAGUGAAA